GUUUCUACACACCGAUGAGCAUUCAUAUUGGAUGCGGAGACGAAUCAGAAAAUCUUCUCUCUAGACCGCUGCGUUCUCGACUCGCGACUCAGUCCGCUGUUCAGUGAGGUUUGGUGGAUUACAUGGUCUAGAAGUUCGGUCGGUACGGGCUAUAAAGACAUCGAGUGUCAGCCUUCAUACGAUCAUGUCUUCGGUGGGUCUCAGUAAAUUCGUCACAGAAUCGGAAGUUGAGGAGGCGAAGAAGAAGCGUCAGGAAGAGUGGGAUCGAGUGCGGAAGCCGGAGGACCCGGAGAGCGCACCUGAACCAGAAGUACAAGAUCUCAGACCGCUCUACGAUAGACUCGAGGAGAACAGAUUACGCAAAGAAGCCGAAAAAGAAGAAUCGAAGAAGCUCAAGCACCUCGUGAAGGGUCUCGACUCUGAGGAGGUAGAAUUCUUGGAGCAAGUUGAUCAGAUUCGUAUGAAGAACGAGCUCAGAGAACGUGAGGAGGAACGGAAAGAACUCGAGGCUUUCAAACUGCGCUCGCAGUUUGUCCACUCCGUCGGCGAGCCAGAAAUUAAAAUCGAUCCUACGAAAAAACCGAGUCAGAGUCGAGGGAGUUCCAAGUCGCAAGCAUCUCUUCUCGCUGGUGCAAUCAAACGCAAAACGGAUUCGGCCAGUGAUGACGCACAGAACAAGAAGGCAAGAGCAGCGAGGGACGAUACCCCGAAAGUGCUCGGUGUCCUCCCCGGCUUGGGUCAUUACGAAACAGACAGCUCAGACGUCGAUUCGGACGAAAGCUCCGCAGAUGAGGCUCCUUGUUCGUCUGGUUGUGACAUUUUGAGCCGAUCUUUCGUGAUUGAAUGAUAUCGAACCCGGCGCCCAGGGCGGUCUAGGAAAUGAACUGUUAAUCACCGAGGUUUUCCGAGCAUAAGGUAAUCUAAGCCACUCGAAAUGCGGAAUACAACUCUUUCUCCUCAUCCGAAUCAACACAAUGAUCAUUCCUCUUCAUCAGUGCGCUCAACAGGCGAUUUUUUAUUCUUUAACAAAAGCGUACGCGACAUAAAUGGUCAGUGCUUCCCACUCAGGUUUCGAUAACGUUCCCUGAAACGAAUCGAGACUUUUUCAAGCCACAGCAGCAAGUCGCAUCUGAGAGCGUGAUGCUCGGAUGGGAGUAAUCAUUCGCUCCUCGCGACGGAUAUUCUGAUCACCCUGACACCGUAUAAGGAAGUCUAGAGCGCAAUUCCUGGAUUCUGAACCGAGAGGGAGUGGAGAGAAACUCGCUACUCACCACAGGUCUCUUCGUCUGCUCGUGAGCCUUUUGUGCGUGCGCGUAAUCGUCCGCUUCCCCCGAGAGUUGCGUCCCGUACCCGGGUGGAUACGUUUCCAGUGCAUUCAUUUUAGUUAAUAAAAACGAUCCUU